AUGACAAAGAUAAACUCGGUAUUGGAGAAGAAACUUGAAGAACUCGAGAAUCUAAUUGAAUCACUCACUCUUAAUGAAGUUGAUCCCAAAGUCUACCGCGAUGUCGAACUCCGAGUAAUUUUCUUGAAGACCCUUUUAGCCGCAGAGAUAUCGUCGCGGCCGACAGACAUAGAAGGAGAAGAAGUCAGUGAAGAAAGGCUGAAACUUACUUGCAUGGCCAAGAGGUUAAAAGAACUCGAAGAUGCUUUUAAUACCAUUCGAUUAUCCGGUUUGGAUAGUAAUGAUGGUGUUGUCGAUGGUGAGAGUAAUGAUGGUGUUGUCGAUGAGAGUUUGGAUAGUAAUGAUGGUGUUGUCGAUGUUGAAGCCGGUUCGGUUUCCUCGUGGGUGAAUUCUUGUCAGGGCGAACUUGGUGAAGCAGAGGUAGAGAAGGAGGAGAAGAAAGGAGAUUUGGACGCUGAGCAGUGGCCAUUGUUUCAAGAUGCUUCAUCGGAGGACAAGAAAGGAGAUGAAGACGUUGAGCAGUGGCCAUUGUUUCAAGACGCUUCAUGGGAGGAGAAGGAAGCAGACAAAGACGCUGAGCAGUGGCCAUUGUUUGAAGAUGCUUCAUCGGCCGAAAAGAAAGAGAUUACGUUUCCAGCGGCGGUUAAGGAAGAGGUGGUGGUUAGAGAUGUGAAAGAGAAGAGGCGUUUUGGUUCUAUGGAUUUGGUAUGUCUCGGUUUAGUGGGUGUGAUUUUAACUUUACUAUUAGGGUAUAUUGGUGAUAUCUCAGAGGAAGAUCCUUUUCUUACCCCUACUUAG